GGGUUUGAUCUAAUUGCGUUGAUGUUCCCUUUACGCUGAAGAAAGAGUAGUGUGUGUGUGUGUGAGAGAGAGAGAGGUAGGCGAGGAUCGUUCACAUAAAAUAUCGACAGAGAUCGACGAGAAAAAGCUAAGCGAACAAUGUGGAGCUCCAAAACGACGAUGAUGCUGGGCAUUGCAGCCAUUGCUCUGAUGAUGUUUCUCUCAUCGGCUUCAGCCGACGACGUCGUUGCACUCACAGAGGAAACCUUCGAAAACGAGGUUGGCAAGGAUCGCGCCGCUCUCGUUGAGUUUUACGCUCCCUGGUGUGGACACUGUAAAAGGCUUGCCCCGGAGUACGAACAGCUCGGAGCGAGUUUUAAGAAAACGAAGUCCGUUUUGAUUGCCAAGGUGGACUGUGAUGAACAUAAAAGCGUUUGCGGUAAAUAUGGGGUAUCUGGUUACCCUACCAUUCAAUGGUUUCCUAAGGGAUCUCUAGAACCUAAAAAGUAUGAAGGUGCACGUACUGCAGAAGCCCUUGCUGCGUUUGUGAACAUUGAAGCAGGUACAAAUGUGAAGAUAGCUUCUGUUGCAUCCAGUGUGGUAGUUCUCUCUCCAAAUAACUUUGAUGAGGUUGUCUUCGAUGAAACAAAAGAUGUUCUGGUGGAAUUCUAUGCACCAUGGUGUGGUCAUUGCAAGGCCCUUGCCCCUAUUUAUGAAAAAGUUGCUGCAGCAUUUAACCUGGAUAAAGAUGUAGUUAUAGCCAAUGUUGAUGCCGACAAGUAUAAAGAUUUGGCUGAGAAAUAUGGUGUUAGUGGCUAUCCUACACUGAAGUUUUUCCCAAAGAGCAACAAAGCUGGUGAAAAUUAUGACGGUGGCCGUGAUUUGGAUGAUUUUGUAGCAUUCAUCAAUGAGAAAUGUGGUACCUACCGUGAUGGGAAGGGGCAGCUUACUUCUAAAGCUGGUAUAAUAGCAUCUCUGGAUGACUUGGUGAAGGAGUUUGUGAGUGCCGACAGUAAUGAGAAGAAGGCAGUAUAUUCCCGGCUUGAGGAGGAAGUUAAGAAGCUUAAAGGUUCUUCUGCCAGACAUGGCGACCUUUACUUAAAACUUGCUAAGAAGGGUAUGGAAAAGGGUGCAGACUAUGCAAAGAAUGAAAUUCAACGUCUUGAGCGCAUGCUUGAGAAGUCAGUCAGCCCAGCAAAAGCAGAUGAAUUCACUCUCAAGAAGAACAUCUUAUCUAUCUUUGCUUGAUCUUCCUGUGAUAGAAGAGCCAUUUCUUUCAGUUCAGCGAGGAGAUAUGAUUUGUAAUUCCUGAGUUUCUAGGUGUUAUCACCCUAGUUUUCUUGAUGACCGUUUCCUAUAAAUAUGCACUCUUUCACGCGCAUUUUUGCACUGAUCAUGUACUGAGUCGUAAAACUAAAGCAAAAGUAGCAUCUGAGAAAUCAUAUUCAAAACGUAUAUUGACUUCAGGCUCAAGUUUAAUUUAGAGAUUGUUAUAGCCC